CCCGGCGGCCGCGCCGUGGGGCCACGCCGGGCGCUCGCCACUUCCGGCGCGUUCGCUGGGGCUGUUGGCUGGGGCGGCCGCGCGCGCGAGCGGAGGACCCGGGGCGGCCGGGUGAGGGAUGCUCUGCGCGGCGGCGGCGGCCACCGUGUGGGCUGAGGCGGCGGGGACAGCGCGGGCCCCCGGGCCUCUCCCCUGAGCCGGCGCCGCGGGCUGCGCCGCCGAGGCCCCUUCAGCCUCCGCUCCUUCAGCCUCGGGGCCGGGCCCGCCGUCGCUCCUGAACGCGGCGCCGGGGAGCCCCUGCCUGGGCCCGGAGCCUCCCGUCGGGGGUCGGGCCCGGGCGGGGGGCCCCGCGCUGCCGCCCUCCGUGCCGGCCUCCGAGCCCCGUUUCCUGCUUCUUCAGUUAACUUGGGGAGGGGCGGGCGGGUGUUGAUGGAUCGUUCGGGGUGUCCCCGAUGAGGCGGGCCGGGGGGCCGCGCUCCGUUUAGAGGGUCCCCGCGGGGCCCGGGUGGGGAAGCGGCUCUCUGUGCCUGGGUGGGGGACUUCCGAGUCUGCCGGGAUCAUGACCUGACUGUGCGGACGGACGGGACGUGUGCGGAGCCCGAGAGCCAGCUCACCUGAGCCGCCCCCUCCCCGGCCAGCAUGGCAUCUGAAGAAACCUCCCUCAGGGCAUUGGAAAGUCUGAUGACAGAGUUUUUUCAUGACUGUACAACCAAUGAGAGAAAACGUGAGAUAGCCUUCUUUUGUUGCUAUUUAACUUUUCCAGAGGAGCUUCUUAAUAACUUUGCCCAGCAAGUAGGAGCCUGGAGAUUCUGCCUGUACUUUCUCUCCAGCACUAGGAAUGACUAUGUAAUGAUGUACAGUUUGACGGUUUUUGAGAAUCUGAUCAAUAAAAUGUGGCUUGGCGUCCCCUCUCAGGAUAAGAUGGAAAUCCGUAGCUGCCUACCCAAGCUCCUUCUGGCUCACCACAAAACCUUCCCUUACUUUGUCCGCAACAAGCUCUGCAAAGUUAUUGUUGAUAUUGGCCGUCAGGAUUGGCCCAUGUUCUAUCAUGACUUUUUUACUAACAUUUUACAGUUGAUUCAGUCCCCUGUGACAACCCCCCUUGGGCUGAUCAUGUUGAAAACAACUUCAGAAGAGCUGGCAUGUCCCCGUGAGGACCUCAGUGUGGCUCGGAAAGAGGAGUUGCGGAAGCUGCUGCUGGACCAGGUGCAGACAGUGCUUGGCCUACUGACAGGUAUCUUGGAGUCUGUCUGGGACAAACACAGCGUUACUGCCGCCACCCCGCCACCAUCCCCAACCUCAGGAGAAAGUGGUGACUUACUGAGUAACCUGUUGCAGAGUCCUAGUUCAGCCAAACUGUUGAAUCAGCCAAUCCCCAUCCUCGAUGUGGAGAGUGAGUAUAUCUGUUCCCUGGCCUUGGAGUGCCUGGCCCAUCUCUUCAGUUGGAUUCCUCUGUCUGCCAGCAUCACCCCAUCCCUCCUUACUACCAUCUUCCACUUUGCGCGCUUUGGCUGUGACAUCCGGGCCAGAAAGAUGGCAUCAGUUAACGGCAGCAGUCAGAACUGUGUGUUGGGUCAGGAACGCGGCCGGCUUGGGGUCCUGGCCAUGUCCUGCAUCAAUGAACUCAUGUCCAAGAACUGUGUGCCUAUGGAAUUUGAGGAGUACUUACUGCGUAUGUUCCAGCAGACUUUCUACCUCCUGCAGAAAAUCACCAAGGAUAACAAUGCCCACACGGUCAAGAGCAGGCUAGAAGAACUUGAUGAGAGAAUUUUGGGCUCCUGGACAGGAACAGAAAGGUCUGAGGUGGUGCAGGAACCGAGACUGCUGCUCAUGCGUAGCCAAGGACAGGAGAGGAGGUCCGUGGAGCUGAGAGGUGCCUGGAAGCAGAAAGGUGGUAAUGGAAUGAAGGGUUGCCUGACCUGUAGCUACAUCGAGAAGUUUACUGAUUUUCUGCGGCUCUUUGUGAGUGUUCACCUAAGAAGAAUUGAGUCCUACUCCCAGUUCCCUGUGGUGGAAUUUUUGACACUUUUGUUUAAGUACACAUUUCAUCAGCCUACUCAUGAAGGUUACUUCUCUUGUUUGGACAUCUGGACGCUGUUUUUGGACUAUCUGACAAGUAAAAUUAAAAGUCGUCUGGGAGACAAGGAAGCAGUGCUCAACAGGUACGAAGACGCCCUGGUCCUCUUGCUCACGGAGGUGUUGAAUCGAAUCCAGUUCAGAUACAACCAGGCCCAGCUGGAGGAGUUGGAUGACGAGACUCUGGAUGAUGAUCAGCAGACAGAGUGGCAGCGGUACUUACGCCAGAGCUUGGAGGUGGUGGCCAAAGUGAUGGAGCUCCUUCCCACACACGCCUUCUCGACACUGUUCCCAGUUCUUCAGGACAAUCUAGACGUUUAUCUGGGGUUACAGCAGUUUGUAGUUACUUCAGGGUCAGGACACAGGCUGAACAUCACGGCGGAGAACGACUGCCGGCGCUUGCACUGCUCCCUGCGAGACCUGAGCUCCCUGCUGCAGGCUGUGGGCCGCUUAGCUGAGUACUUCACUGGAGACAUGUUUGCUGCGCGGUUCAACGAUGCCCUCACAGUCGUGGAGAGGUUGGUCAAAGUCACUCUGUAUGGAUCUCAGAUAAAACUGUACAACAUUGAAACUGCUGUGCCAUCAGUAUUGAAACCUGAUCUCAUUGAUGUGCAUGCCCAGUCCCUGGCCGCCCUGCAGGCAUACUCUCACUGGUUAGCACAGUAUUGCAGUGAAGCGCAUCGGCAGAACACCCAGCAGUUUGUCACACUCAUCUCCACGACCAUGGAUGCAGUCACACCUCUAAUCAGCACCAAGGUCCAAGACAAGCUGCUGCUAUCUGCGUGCCACCUGCUGGUUUCACUGGCCACCACUGUGAGGCCCAUCUUUCUGAUCAGCAUCCCCUCAGUGCAGAAAGUGUUCAACAGAAUCACCGAUGCCUCUGCUCAGCGACUUGUUGAUAAGGCUCAGGUGUUGGUGUGCCGAGCCCUCUCCAACAUCCUGCUGCUUCCAUGCGCAAACCUCUCAGAGAGUGAGCAGCAGUGGCCCAUGCGCUCCGUCAACCAUGCCAACCUCAUCUUCGCACUCUCCCGGGACUAUCGCAACCUGAAACCCAGUGCUGUCGCCUCUCAGAGGAAGAUGCCCCUGGAUGAUACCAAAGUGAUUAUCCACCAGACACUUAGUGUCUUAGAAGACAUCGUGGAGAGUGUCUCCGGGGAAUCCACCAAGUCCCGACAGAUCUGCUACCAGUCACUGCAGGAAUCCGUGCAGGUCUCCCUGGCCCUCUUUCCAGCUUAUAUUCACCAGUCAGAUGUGACUGAUGAGAUGCUGAGCUUUUUCCUCACUUUGUUUCGAGGCCUUAGAGUACAGAUGGGUGUGCCUUUCACUGAACAGAUCAUACAGACUUUCCUCAAUAUGUUUACCAGAGAACAAUUAGCCGAGAGCAUCCUCCACGAAGGCAGCACUGGCUGCCGGGUGGUCGAGAAGUUCCUGAAGAUCCUGCAGGUGGUGGUACAGGAACCUGGCCAGGUGUUCAAGCCCUUCCUUCCUAGCAUCAUCUCCCUGAGCAUGGAGCAGGUGUAUCCCAUCAUCGCUGAGCGCCCCUCCCCUGACGUGAAGGCUGAGCUGUUUGAGCUCCUUUUCCGGAUACUCCAUCACAACUGGAGGUACUUCUUCAAGUCCACGGUCCUGGCCAGUGUCCAGAGGGGGGCUGCCGAGGAGCAGAUGGAGAAUGAGCCUCAGUUCAGUGCCAUCAUGCAGGCUUUUGGACAGUCCUUUCUCCAGCCUGACAUCCACCUAUUUAAACAAAACCUCUUCUACUUGGAGACACUCAACACCAAGCAGAAGCUGUACCACAAGAAGAUCUUCCGGACCACCAUGCUGUUUCAGUUUGUGAACGUGCUGCUGCAGGUCCUGGUCCACAAGUCCCACGACCUUCUGCAGGAGGAGAUCGGCAUCGCCAUUUACAACAUGGCCUCUGUGGACUUUGACGGCUUCUUUGCAGCCUUCCUCCCCGAGUUCCUGACCGGCUGUGAUGGCGUGGAUGCCAACCAGAAAAAUGUGCUGGGGCGGAAUUUCAAGAUGGAUCGGAGCAGCGGUCGCCAGCCUUUCGGACCUCAUGGACCACCAGGUCCGCGGACCCCUGGUGGGUGACUGCUGCUCUGGAGUCCAAAUUCUAAUAUUUAAUGAUCAGUUUCUGCUGAAGCAUUGUCAGUCAACUUCUUGAUUUAAAGCAGUGGGUUCCAAAUUUAGCCACGUAUUGAAGCUCCUGGGUACGUAAAACACAGAAAUGGUUUCCUGUGUCCACCAGGAAAUUCAGGUUGGAAUUUGGAAGCCACUGAUUUAAAAGAGACCUGUUGGUAUGUUUUCCUGAGGAGGACAUAAAGGAAUCCUUCACUCACUCACUCACUCACUGUCUGGUUGAAGCCAGCUCCUUGCAGGGCCUGGGCAGGAGGUGGGCACCGUCUCUGCCUUCAUAAGGCCCUGGUGGAAAGCCUGGCACAGCAGCGCUGUGGGCGCACUGGCUUUCUGAUGCGUGGGCCCUGUUAACCCCAUUCCCAGGUGAACCCAGGCUCAGGAAGGCCAGCCCUCUGUUGGCAGGUACAGAACUUGGGAACGGGAGAGCAGGGGGCGGGCCACGCCUGGCACUCUGGCUCCAGGCCUGCAUGCACUGUCCACGGUAGGUGGGCCAGGGCACUGAGAGCUCAGCGGAGCGGCGCGGACCUGCCACUUGGAGCCAGGAAAUAGGCGUCUGAGGCCCUUUUUGGCAGAGGCAGGCCUUGUGCUGCAGCUUGAAGAGGAGAGGGGAGCUGGAAGUGCCUUGCUGUUCUCUGAGCCCCCGGCCAGUGGAAUUUCAGAUGGAACUGCCCACUCUGUGACAGGGAGCCAUUGGUGUUACUCAUAUUUGCUGUGUGGUCCGGCAUUGGUAUUCACGAUCGAAAGAUGAGGGUGCGAACCUCGGCCACCUCCUGGUGCUGCCUGGUAGGGUAUGGGGUUUCAGCUGCGAGGAGCCUCUCGGUUUGCAGUCUGCGGCCCAAUGGGUGGUGGUCAGCAGAUGAGAUCACGGGUCAGGCGGGCUCCUGCCAGGGUGUCACCUUUAAGUGGCAGGGCCUGCCUGGAGCACUGGGAAGAGGAGUUUGCGGACAUGCUGGACAGGACGCGGUGAAGGAGAGAUACACAGGCAGCCCGACCAGUGCCCCUUUCCCUCCUGCCUUGUCACUGAGGCAGGUUUCCUAGCCUCGUGCCUCAGAGCCUGGCCGUGCACACGAGGGCAGCCUCACCAUGAUCUUUCUCC